AUGGUCAAACCAAUCAUUGCCCCUAGUAUCUUAGCAUCUGAUUUCGCCAAUCUGGGCUGCGAAUGCCACAAGGUGAUCAAUGCAGGUGCAGAUUGGCUUCACAUAGAUGUUAUGGAUGGUCAUUUCGUGCCCAACAUUACUUUAGGUCAACCAAUAGUCACUUCGUUGCGUAAGGCAGUUCCAAGACCAGGAGAUUCUACCUCUGACAAGCCUAAGGCUUUCUUCGAUUGCCACAUGAUGGUCGAGAACCCUGAGAAAUGGGUCGAAGAUUUUGUCAAGUGCGGUGCUGACCAGUUCACUUUCCACUACGAGGCCACUAAGAACCCAUUGGAACUUGUUAAGUUGAUUAAGAGCCACGAUUGCAGAGCUGCAUGUGCUAUCAAGCCAGGCACCCCAGUUGACGUGCUUUUCGAGCUGGCCCCACAUCUAGAUAUGGCUCUAGUAAUGACUGUGGAACCGGGUUUCGGCGGUCAAAAGUUCAUGGUUGAUAUGAUGCCCAAGGUUGAGACCCUGAGAAAUCAGUUCCCUAAUUUGGACAUCCAGGUCGAUGGUGGACUGGGUAAGGAAACUAUCCCACAAGCUGCCAAGGCGGGUGCUAACGUUAUUGUCGCUGGUACCAGUGUCUUCACCGCUGCUGACCCAUCGGAAGUGAUUCAGUUUAUGAAGAACGAGGUUAGCCAUAACUUGGAAGCAAGAGGUCUCUUGAACUAA